AAUCUUUAAAUCUCAUGGACUGAAGGAACUGGGGCCCUAACGAAAGAAGGAAAGAGAGUGAACACAAGUGGGAGGGAAUCCAGUAAGAGCAUCAGGUGAUGAAUGAGUAAACUGUCACGCACUGGGGACAGAAGCAGUCUCACCAACAGUAGACAACGUCAGGGACAGAUGUGUGACUGCCAGGAACUGCACGCUGUGCGAGAGUGAGGUCAUGGAUCCAGAAAGGCCACACCAAGGAAGAGAAAGAUGAGUAGGAAGCAGCCUGGCGCUGCACGCAGGAGAUCACUGGGGCAAAGGGAACAGGCCUGGCUGAUCCGAGAACAAAACCGGAGGCUGGUGUGGCCGAGGAGAGCGGGUGGUGGCUGCUGUCAGGGUCUUCCCGCCCUGCCCCGGAGGAGAGUUUGGGUUGGGCCGUUAGAGCCAGGCAAAGGCACCAAGGGUUUAAAAACUCAAUCUGGCCGCUGAGUAGAGAAUGGAUGGAGAGGUUAGGAGACUAUCUUAACCCAUGAGCUGAUGGUGGCUUGGCUUGGGAGGUAACAGAGGGCUAGGAGGAAAGAGAACAGCUGAGGACUUUCAAAGGCAUUGCUGGUACCAGAAGGGAUACAAGAGUAGGUUGUGCGUCAGUUCCUGGAAGGUGGGGACAUUUCCUGAGGCUUUGCAACACCAAGAAGUUGUCCCAAAGAAGGCUGAACCCCAUUCUGCACACCUCGCCAGGAACGUGACGACCUGGUCCUGGGCCAUUCUGCUGUGGAGACGCCCUGUCAUCCCCCUGGUGUACUGGUAGCUCUCUCAGCCAGCCUCCUGGGCUCCGCCUGACCAUGUCCCUGGCUGAGGCCAUCAGUCUCUGGAAUGAAGGGGUACUGGCAGCUGACAAGAAGGAUUGGAAAGGGGCCCUGGAUGCCUUCAGUGCAGUUCAGGACCCCCACUCCCGGCUCUGCUUCAACAUCGGCUGUGUGCACAGCAUCCUGGAAAACAUGCCUGAGGCUGAGAAGGCCUUCACCAGAAGCAUUAACCGGGACAAGCACUUGGCGGUGGCUUACUUCCAACGAGGAAUGCUGUACUGCCAGAUGGAGAAAUAUGACUUAGCUAUUAAAGACCUAAAAGAGGCCCUGACUCAGCUUCGAGGGAAUCAGCUGAUAGACUACAAGAUCCUGGGGCUGCAAUUCAAGCUGUUCGCUUGUGAGGUGUUGUAUAACAUCGCUUUCAUGUAUGCCAAGAAGGAGGAAUGGAAGAAGGCUGAAGAACAGCUGGCUUUGGCAAGCAGCAUGAAGUCUGAGCCCAGGCAUUCCAAGAUUGACAAGGCCAUGGAAAGUGUGUGGAAGCAGAAGCUGUAUGAGCCGGUGGUGAUCCCAGUGGGGAGGCUGUUUCGACCAAAUGAGAGACAAGUGGCCCAGCUGGCCAGGAAGGAUUACCUAGGCAAGGCCACGGUUGUGGCAUCUGUGGUGGAUCAAGACAGCUUCUCCGGGUUUGCCCCUCUGCAGCCGCAGGCAGCCGAGCCUCCACCCAGACCCAAAACCCCAGAGAUCUUCAGGGCUCUGGAAGGGGAGGCUCACCGAGUGCUCUUUGGGUUUGUUCCCGAGACACCAGAGGAGCUCCAGGUCAUGCCCGGAAACAUUGUCUUUGUCUUGAAGAAAGGCAAUGAUAACUGGGCCACAGUCAUGUUCAACGGGCAGAAGGGGCUCGUUCCCUGCAACUACCUUGAACCAGUUGAGCUACGGAUUCAUCCUCAGCAGCAGCCCCAGGAGGACAUGUCCCUGGAAUCUGAUAUCCCACCUCCUCCCAAUUCCAAUGCCCCGGGGAGACCCCAGCUGUCACCAGGCCAGAAACAAAAAGAAGAGCCCAAGGAAAUACAACUCAAGAUUCCCAUGUCCUACACACUCAAGGUGCAUUACAAGUACACGGUGGUCAUGGAGACUCAGCCUGGGCUCCCUUAUAGCCAUGUCCGGCAUAUGGUGUCCAAAAAACUGGAGCUCCUGCCAGAACACACUAAGCUGAGUUAUCUUCCUCGGGACAGCAAUGAGCUGGUGACCCUUUCAGAAGAAAGUAUGCAGGAUGCGUGGGGCCAAGCAAAAAACUACUGCCUGACUCUUUGGUGUGAGAACACAGUGGGUGACCAAGGAUUCCUAGAAGAACCCAAGGAAAGUGAAAAAUCUGAUUUUAACAGACAGACCAAAGAAUGUCAGUUUAAGGAAGGGAGCCGAGUAGUAGCAAUCUUCAGUUAUGAGGCCACCCAACCAGAGGACCUAGAGUUUCUGGAAGGAGAUGGAAUCCUGGUGCUAUCAAAGGUAAAUGAAGAAUGGCUGGAAGGGGAAUGUAAAGGGAAAGUUGGCAUUUUCCCUAAAGCUUUUGUUGAAGAAUGUGCAGCUGCAGAUGCAGAUAGCACUCCUAGUACAACCUAGGAUGUUUCACAAUCUACAAACUUGAAGAAAAGGAAGCUUCAUUAUUUGUUUGCAAGAUUUAACACACUUGUGUUGUGGACCACAGAGACAUCCAGUUUGGAAGUAUUAACUAACCUUUCUUGUUAAAAUUCAAUCUAUUAGACAAUAACGUAAGAAGUCAAGAUAAAGAUUUCCUGGUGCACAGAGAGGCAGGAAGCGGAUGAAGCAUCUGGAAGGGCACGAGAAGGUUCUCUAGAAUGCUGCCAAUCCGUUUUCGUGUAUUCACUUUGUGAAAAUUCAAUGAACUGCAGUUUUUAAUCAGUGCAUGUGUCUGUAUAUUGUGAUAGCUCAAUAAAAAACUUAUCUACAAAAAUAAAAUAAGACGCCCAGAGUCCAG